AUGGCCUCCUCUUUCGCUCACCUUCGACAAAGAUUUCGUCUAGCCUCCUUCGUCGGCUGGCACAACCGGCUGGCAGACGGGCCCAAGUACGUUUCCCUAACCGCACUCAAAUCUGCCUUUGGGGUUGCCGGAGUGGUGUUGACGGAAGAUGAGGUGACGUGUCUGGUCAAGAAAUUCGCGGACAACAGGAGGCGAAUCGACUGGAAGAGACUGAUGAUAGCUCUUGACGUGGGACCUCCGGCCGACUUCACCGAUCCCGAUCGCUCGUUCUUGGACAACCUUCCCCAGCCCUACCGCCUCAUCGUCAGCGUUCUCGAAACCGAGAUCGUUGACCGCGCAUGGGAGCUGAUCGUCGAGCGACACCCGGAGCAGGACACCAGCCCGGCCGACAAAGCCAGGGCAGCAGCGGACAUCGAUCUGAAGCGGUCCUGUCAUCCGUUUGUGCGGCUACUAGAUCCGCACCCUCCGCUGCCGGCGCAUGCUGGAGAUGUCAAGCCCGUGACAGCUGCAGCGAACGAAGGCGAAGCUAUAGCAGCGGACGGAUUUCUGGAUGGCAGGGCGUCAUCCGAGUUACCGGUCGAAGGAAAGGACAGGAACGGCGACGCUGACGACGAUGGUGGUGGAGGCGAAAACGAUGCCGGUAACGUAUCGACCAUGCAGUGGGACAGUCGGGGCCAGUUCCUUUUCACCGGAGGGCACGACGGCUCGGUCUGCGUUAGACUCGCCGGCGUCGUUAAAGAUAUCGGAGUCCAGAUCAGGAGCAGCAGCCUCGGCGGGGAAAAUUCCUCGGAGGGAAACGCGAAAUCGGCCGCGGUUGCGUUCCUGUCCCGCCCUGUGGGAUCUCUCGGAGGCCGAUCCUCAUCAGUUCGGAUAGCAGCCGUGGUGACGAGCUCCUGCCGAGACAGUUUCCACCGCAAUCCGGACCAAACGGGAAACGGAGAGGCAGGGCAACAGGAAAUCGAGCGCGAUGCCGGAGCAGAGCCACCGCCGGAGUGCCCGUCGAGCGCUGUCUCCGUUCUAGAGAUGACCGCGCCCCGAUCAAGAGCUGGCGAUGAAGCUGACGGUAGCCCGGCUAGGGGUGGUCUCGAAUACCACCAGGCGGGGAACACCGAGCGCGGAGCCGAUGCCGCGAACAGCAGCAACAGGAGAAGCUAUGCACCCGCGUUCAGGGUUGUCUGUACCGUUGAACUCCAUCCCGAGCAGGAGAAUGUGACCGCGGUGUCGUGCGCGCUGUCCCCUGACGGGAGACGCCUCGCCGUCACGACUGCAAGCGGCCGCGUCUCCACCUGGUCUCUCCCCCCCGUCUCCGCGCCUCUCGAGAGACACCGCAAUCGAUCUCCCCAGCAGAGCGCGAGGGAGGACGAUGAUGUCGACGGCGUUCAAUCCGGUCCCUCACGAUUCUCCGCGGGUCAUGGCAUACAAACGACAAUGGAGGGAUUGGCGGGCCAACAAGGUAGUGACGGCGGCGCGGGCGUCGACGAGAGCGGCGCUGCCUUGGCUGGGCGAGACGACGACACGAGUACGUCGACUAACACCGCGGCGGCGGUGGAGCCGCCGCCGCCGCCGAUACAGCUAGGGCAACCGGAGUUCACCAUACCUCACGUGCCUUCGCCAGAAGAGCUUUCCCACGCGAAAGCCUUGCAGGAGUACCGCAAGCGCGUAGAAGCCGGGGAAAUCCAAGAGCCCACGUCAACCCAGGAGGAGGAGGAGGAAGGUUGCACGCCCCCCCCGAAACCACCUCAGCUAUCGGGACUCGCGCACCACUUGGCCCGCGUUGACUUCAUACCCGCGAUUGACGGACGCAAAAACGGCGGCGGUGGCAGCACCGGGGGGCUCGCAGUCUGGAGGUCGAACUCCAACGUGUGCCGGCUUCUUCGCCUGCCGCCGCCGGUGUACGACGGUGACGGGGGGCAGCGACAGACCGUGGACCAGGGCAACAACGACGGCGGCGUAGAGUUAUCCCGUACGGGUACCGUUGCGGCCAGCAGUGGGUUCGAGAGUGCCGACAAGACAGGCAUCGGCAGUGAGGGCUCGCUGGCGGCAAAGUACGACGUAUCCAGCCUGCCAUCUGUGGAGUGGGUCUUGCCGUCCCCAAUCACAGUUCUCGCGGUCUGCGAAGAGGAAGCACCGGGAGAGGAUCAGGACGAUGGCCGUGAGAAGGGCGGGGGGUGGAGCUGUUGCGGUGGCGCCGAUGCGCCGGCCCCGCUCGUCGCCAUCGGGACUAAAAAUGGAGGGGUCUACCUGGGCGAUGCGGCGCUGGGAACGACAAGGGCGGGGCUGUCGAGGCACCGUGCUCGGGUCACCGCGCUGGCGUUCCACGGGAAAAAAUUUCUCGUCUCUGGCAGCGAUGACGAGAUGAUCCAGGUCCACCACUUCACCGUCGCCGAUCCAACCGGAGCUGGUGGAGACAGGUGCUGUGUCGGCGGGACCCCGCGUUUGCGAUGCCUGCACGACGCGCGCGGCAGCGGGAUUGUUCGAUUGGCGUGUUUCCGAGAGAUGCCCCUGGCGGUCGCCGAGGAUACCUCUGGGCGGGUGGUUGUAUACGACCUACUCUCGGGGAGCAUGCUCGGUGUGCUGGCCUUAAAGGACGAUGCCAUCGCCAGUGUCGCUGCCGAUAGGCCAGACAGGAGCGGCAACGGAGCCGCUGUGUCGCAUGAAAUUGACGCCCCGAAAGCAGGCAUGAUUUGGGCGGAAGGCGGAGAGUGCAUAGCGGCGGUCAUGCCACAAGAGCAGGCAGAAAAUGUCUACCCCCAAAACAGCCGAAGCACGCCAGUGCUCGUUCCCUCGGGCGGUAGCAUCUCGAGCGCGAGGUUUGUGCACGGAACGUGGUAUCCCUUGUUCUGGCAGGAAACAUCGACCCUGUCACCGACCAGGAACGACAGCGGCGGCGAGACUCUCGGUGUUUGGUCCGCGUCAGACUUGAUGUGGGAGUCAAGCCCCGGCAUGCGCGCGAUGGUAGGAGAGGAGCGCCCUCUGUCGUCGAGGGACGUCGCGGAAGUUUUCUACGGUUUGCUUCCUAGAGAGCGCAAGGAUCCCGAAAUUAUGCUGCAGAACAUGAGCCACCAGCACGACCCCCGACGAGGAGAUACGGCCCCGCUCACAACUGGCACCAUCAACCCCGACCCCACCAUCACUCGCACCAAAGCGGGGGGGCGGUCAUCGCGUGGGACCGGCAGUGGCGGCGGUCGUCUUAACCGCAGCAACACACCGCAGAGGGAAGCCAGAAGGGACAGGGUUGCGGCGAAGAAGGCGCCCUCGAACACCGUCUCGACGAACGUCACCCGCAACCCCACUACAAGAACGCCUCCCCACUACCACCUCCCCAUAAACCUGACCGAGCGCAACGUAGCCCGUCUUCUCGGAGCUGGCGGGCGUGGUGGCCCGAUGGGUGGCGUUCUCGCAUGCACGGGGGAAGGCGGUACCGUUGGCAAGAACGGCCCUGCGCCGUGGGGCAUGGAGGUUGGCGCGGCCGCGAGAGUGAAGCGGUACAUGGAGGCUAGGCACACCGAGCGGGCGGCCAGGCAGGCGCGCGUUGAAAACGUUACUCGGAACCUUCUCCAGGCGCUGUGA